AUGACAAUCAGAUCGAGAAGAUCGAAGCGGAAGCUCCAUCCGGAACAGGAACCAGAACCACCACUGCACAUCAUUAGCAAGAAGCUCCGGUCGAAGCUACCUCGCCGGCGAAGAUGCCAGAUCUCGCCGGUGCUUAUUCCGUCCAUGAGGUUCAGCAUUUCUGGCGUGAAUCCUCGUUUCUCCGUUGUUUCAGUGGAUUCGAGUUCUGGCUCGGACUUCGUCGGCGGUGAAGUUUCGUGCGAUUCGAACAGAGCUUCCACUGCACUCUCUGGCUUAGGAAGGUCGAAAUCGAAAAACAGAUUAUCAUCCGAAAUUGAAGGCGUUAGGAAUGGUGAUUGUGUUGAUUUCUUGAGAAAUCGGAGAUUCGUAAAGCGGAAUGAAAAUGAAGUGGAGGUGUCACAGUCUUCGUGUGUGGACUCCAAUUCUAGUGUUCGUGAACGUAGCAGAAGCUUGGUUUUGAAGUUCAGGAGCGGAAAAGAAAGUAAGAAUUUGAAAGAAAAUGAUGAAGUUUCGGAAGCUUGCACGAAAUCGGAGAUUACUUGCGAGGAGCAACUUCACGUUGAGACUUCAAAGUCCGGUAACGGAAAUUUGAAAAUCUCGUCGGAGAUAAACCGAAACGACGUCGUUUCAGUUAGCUCUGGUGUUCGUGCGACUUCGUUUGAGGAGGAAAAGACCAAAUGUAAGGAAAACAGAGCAUCGCAAUUGGAAUUCUCUCCAGGUUCAAGAAAAAAUUACGCUGGUGAGAAUUGCGCUGAUUUGAUGGCGCAAUCGAUAAUAAAGCAGGGAUGGAACAAUUCAGGCGUCGACUCCGAUCUCAAUUGCUCAGAGCAAUUGAGAUUCUCAUGCUCUGAAGACGAAUCAGAGUACUGUUCCAGCCAGGGAACUGCAUUCUCUGACCUUCAUUCCGAGAUCUUCGGCGAAUGCUCAGAACUAGAGCAUUCAGAUUACACUCCGUCUCUGUUCACCGAUUCUGGAAGCCAGUUUUCGCAGGGAUCCGUUGGAGAAACUCCUUCGCCAACUUAUUCGCUGUUCCUUCAGUACCGCGAGCAAUUCUCGACGCUAACUUCUCCAGUUAUUGCUUCAAGCGUCGACUCUCUUCCACUCAAAUUUGCGAGGUUGGAAGAUUUGGAUGACGAAGACAGCUACCAGAUGCUGAGAAAGAGGGAAAGGAGGCAAGUUUUCCUGUGGAAUUAUGCUGAAAGAUAUUUCUCUACCACGGAUAUAGGAGAGCUCGUGCUUCAGCAACGUUCCCAAAUGGUUCACUGGAUCGUUGAGCAAUGUAAUCGAAAACAGCUUCUGCAAGAGACAAUGUUUCUUGGAGUCAGCCUACUUGACCGUUUCUUAAGCAAAGGAUACUUCAAAGCCAAAAGGAACCUUCAAAUUGUUGGAAUAGCCUGCCUUACGUUAGCCACCAGGAUCGAAGAAAACCAGCAAUAUAACAGAGUGGGGCAAAAAAAUUUCUACAUAAAAAGCAAUGUGUACAGUAGAUGCGAGGUUGUGGCUAUGGAAUGGAUGGUGCAGGAGGUGCUCAACUUCCAGUGUUUUCUGCCUACCAUCUACAGUUUCUUGUGGUUCUACCUAAAAGCUGCUAAUGCUGAUGCAGUUGUGGAGAAGAGGGUCAAGUAUCUGGCAGUGCUUGCACUGUCAGCUCAUGAUCAGCUGUGCUACUGGCCCUCAACAGUUGCUGCGGCACUUGUAAUCCUGGCUUGUUUAGAAGUCAAUCAACAUGCAAUCCACAAAGUCAUAGGGAUCCACGUUAGAUCAAAGGAUGAGAAUUUGCAUGAAUGCAUGGAGAGCCUGGAGUGGUUGUUACGCUAUCUAUGAUAACAUACUAGCUGGC